CGAACUAAGCACUAAGCUAGGUUUUUUUGUGGAUCUAACAAGUGGGCAAGAUGAUGGAUAGACCUCGCUUUUAAUACUAGACUUCAGCGCCCGAUAGCUCUCCCUCCACUAGAAUCCUCCACCUUUGUCAAGCAUUUCCUCCGUCAAGACGCGCCCCCCGCUCCUCUUCCGCCAGAUCGCGGCGCUUUCCUGGCGGAGUUGAUCCGCGAGGGAGGAGUCGGAACAGAGGCGCCGCGGAACUUGACAGACAAGGUCGCUGCCCUGAGGUUUUUGAGAAGUUUCAAAGUCUGUCAGCUUUUGAAAGUAGUGCAGGUUUUUGGAUUGGAAGUCUUGAGUGCAACGCGUUGCGUUUAAGUAUUUGAGGUGGAGACUUUGGGCGGGUUUGAAGCUUUUGGCUUGCAGCUUGAAGCUCGUGGCCGCUUUCAGUAUGAAGCUUUGAGCUUCAGCGAAGCUCUAGGCGUAAAGCUUCGGGCUUGGCGCUUUGAUUUUGGAGCUUUGGACUUGCAAGCUGAAGCUUUGGACUCGAAGUGUUGGCUCUGCAGUCUUGGACCUGAGAUUUUUGGUUGUGAAGUCUUGGACUCAGGGUCUUGGAUUUGAAAUCUAGGAUUUAAGACUUUGGAUUUGAAGCGUUUGGCUUCAAGUGUUGGGCUUGAGGUCUUGGCUUUGAAGUUUUGGGCUUGAAGUCUUGGAUUCGAAAUCUUGGAGCUAAAGUUUUGGGCUUGAGGUCUUGGAUUGGAGGUUUUGGAAUCAAAUCCAAGACCUCAAAUGCAAGGCCACAAGCCCAAGCCUUCAAAUCCAAAAUUUCGAGCCCAAGACUGUUCCGCUUGAGUUUUUGGAUUUGGGUUUUCAUAUUUGAAAAAUUUGAAACAAAUUGUGGCUGAUAAGGUCAAAAAUUUUGCUAUUUUUGCGCAAAAUAUGAAACUUUUGAUUUUAUCGCUCCGAGUUUACAUUGGAUCGCCUGCGGUCGCGAUUGGCUACACAUCACGGGCAGCGUGUUGGCCGGAGUGGCGACCGUGGGCGAAUGACAUGCCACGCCCGAGAGCUCGUAAGUUCCUAAGUUCAUAGGUUCGUAGGCUCAUGGUUUUGUUGUGUGAGUGUCUUUGGUUCGAGUGUCUUUGGUUCGAGUGUUUUCGGUUCCAGUGUUUCUGGUUCGGAGGUUGGCGGGGUCGUUGUUGAUUUUUUAUUUGGCUCUUUAAUAUUCUCAGAUUGUAGCAAGAAUUAUCCUUAUAUAUACGCAGUGCCCCGGGAUGAAUAUGUAAGAAGUUGCUACCUCACUUUUCAACGUAAAUCUAAUGAGCCAAGUUUAGAGCCCUUUUUGCUUGGAAAUUAAAUGAACCGUGGUUAUUAUUUUCAUAAUUUUUCACCUGCUAACUCGUGGUAGAUUUUUCCGUCGUAUCAUCGUCGCUGAAAUAGUUUCGUGGAUAUUCCAGACUUGUUUCGAGUUGUUUUUCCCUCAUCGACCCUUGCACAAAAUUCCGGAGAAACGUUUGUGGCUGGGUAAUGUCCUGGGGUGCUGUGAGCUCCCUGAAAGUUUUUUUAUCAUAGUUUCAAAAUGAAUACUCCGGGAACUUAAGAAGUGACUCAUUCCCCAUCGACAUGUCAAACAAAAUUCAAUCCAUUACGGAUCCGAAGAGACAGUGUAAGUUGAAUAAUCUUUGUUCAGAAUCGGGUCGACAUAGAAGUGGACUAAAGAU